UUCCCUUUUUGGCCUAAGGGCAAAUCUUACCUUUUUAAAGGAGAAGAAAAAAGGUACUGAUGAUGGCGGAAUGUGUAGAAUCAAAGAAAUCAAUAGUUGGACGUUCGAGAAAAGGUUGCAUGAGAGGUAAAGGCGGUCCAGAAAACGCGUUGUGCACAUAUAGAGGAGUGAGACAAAGAACAUGGGGCAAAUGGGUAGCUGAAAUAAGAGAACCAAAUCGUGGAGCACGAAUUUGGUUAGGCACUUUCAAUACAUCAGUCGAAGCAGCCAGAGCCUAUGAUGACGCAGCACGCCGGCUUUAUGGUUCUGAUGCGAAGCUCAAUCUCUCAGAAGAAGAAGAAUCAAUAAUUUCUUCGGACACAGAAAUUAGUUGCAUGGAAAACAACAUAAUCGAGGAAUGUUCUGUACUUGAGGAAGCAUCCAUAUUUAAAGAUGGAAACGGGGAGUAUUUGGUGUGGGAUACGCCCGCACCUAAUUUGCUUGGCUUGGAUUUUCAUGGAGACGCUACAUCUUUCAAUUGGACUGAUGAACCUGAAAUCAUGUAUUGAUUUUGAGUCCUUACUUGUCUAGUAACUCUUUGGUUUCAAUUUUCUUCUUCCUUUUCAUUUUAAAUUGUGGGGAGAAAAAAACGAAAUUUCUAGCUAGUAUAGUUAGUUAGUAGGUUUAUUAGGCUUUUUCCUUUUUGUAAUUUCUUUCUAGUUAGAAAUAGUAAAAUUGG